UUGAUCUAUGGUUUUGAUCCAAUUCAUCUCAGAAAAUACGGCAUAACUCAAUAAAUCAGUAGCGCCCAGUUACCGCGCGCAAGCAAGAGGUUUAUAGGAUGCUAAAGCAAAAGACAGGGUAACUGUACAAAGUCAUCGCAAAUGCAUGAUGACUUCGGAUUUUAGUAAUCCAGUUUAUAAGAUGAUCUCACUUCAAAAUGGAGAAAUCAACAAAAUGAAGAUGGAUGAUAUUCAAAGAAAGUUAGCAGAGUUGAAAAUGGAUGAAAGAGGCAGCAAGGAAAUACUAAAGAAGAGGUUGAAACAUUUCUACAAGAGAAUGAAGCUUGAAAAAUUGAAAGGCGGUACACAUCCUUAUGCACUUCACCACGAGGUGUUUUACGACUAUCUGUGUGUAAUCGAUUAUGAAGCCACAUGUGAAAGCACAAACAAACCCAGCUACAAGCAUGAGAUUAUUGAGUUUCCUAUUGUGCUUGUUAAUGUGAAGACAUUGGAAAUUGAGGAUGAGUUUCAUGCAUUUGUGCGUCCAGUUCUGCAUCCGGUGUUGUCAGAGUUUUGCACAGAGCUUACAGGAAUCACACAGGAACAGGUUUCAGUGGCAGACUACUUUCCAGCUGUAUUAAAACGUGUGAAUUCCUGGAUGUUGCAGCACGGUUUAGGAGUAGGAGCGGACUUUGCAAUUGUAACUGAUGGCCCCUGGGACAUGGCACGAUUUCUACGUGGCCAGUGUGAGCUGAGCCAAAUCUCUUACCCAACGUGGGCGAAGAAGUGGAUCAACAUCCGCAAGACCUUUGGCAACUUCUACGGUGUGUCGCGCGUGAGGAUGACGACCAUGCUCGAUCUGUUAGGGCUGCAGCUGGAGGGUCGGCAUCACAGCGGGCUGGAUGACUCGCGCAACAUUGCCCACGUGCUUCUCAUCAUGCUGCGUGAUGGCGCUGAGGUGCGUGUCAACGAGCGGCUGCACCCCGGCAACAUUCCCUCGGAUGAUCUGCAGUUCCGCCUCACACUGCCUGUCUCCAGGAACGAGGCAGAGGGCUCCAGUAAUGAGUCUGAGGCAGCUGAUGACGUGAACGACAUCAUGGAAGGUUUAGAUUUGACAAGCUCGUUCGCCCAGUGCUCAAUUGUAAAUAAUGUUAGGUAGCGAAAGUGGAGCAUGUUGUACGACUGGCUUUUAGGUACGAGAUUGGUGCAGUGGUGUGUUUAUAGAAUGUCUAAUUUAUAUUUAUGCAUUGUAAUUGUGUUAUCCCUCAUAGGUGCCUAGAUAUGGCACAUAAGGAAGGCAGUGACAGAGAUCUCCAAUUCCGUCGGUCCACUGCUACUGGCCCCAACAUGCCCGUGACAGGUCACACAACCGCAUCUCCUUUUCGAAUGCGCAUUGUCAUCAUUGUCAUCAUGCAUUGUCAUCAUUGACGAUCAUAAAUGUCUUGUGUGAAGUGAUUUAAUUAGCAAACACGCACGCCUAAAUAAAAAACAUUUGCUUAAUGAAA